AUGAGGGGACGUAACCAGUUUAUUCGAGGCGUUGUUGAAAAGAUUUUUUUUUGUUUUGGGCGCGUCACAGUAAAGACUGGUUUUGUAUACAGUUCUGCCUGGACACUAUUGGGUGCGGACCAGACGGUUUUGGGACUAUUGGAUGCGGACCAGACGGUUUUGGAGACUAUUGGGUGCGGACCAGACGGUUUUGGAGACUAUUGGGUGCGGACCAGACGGUUUUGGAGACUAUUGGGUGCGGACCAGACGGUUUUGGAGACUAUUGGGUGCGGACCAGACGGUUUUGGGACUAUUGGGUGCGGACCAGACGGUUUUGGAGACUAUUGGGUGCGGACCAGACGGUUUUGA